UUGUUUCAAAAAUCGAAACGCUUGGUAAGUAUUCCCGCUGUUUUACGUCAUUUUGACAGUUCAUUGCGUCAUAUCACCUGUCGUUUCUUAUCUAACGAUGGCUUCCGUGGACCUUUAUCACUGUCCGUCAUGUAACUCAUUAUUUUUUUCUAUGAACCAUUUCAACCAGCAUAAAUGCAAUACUAACUCUCCCGUACAGCCUCUUAUCCUAAAGGAUAAUAUGACCACAGUGUACAGGUAAAGUGACAUUAUUUUUCUAUCGUAUAACUGAUCAGCCUAUUCAAACAUAUGUCCUACAUAUGUAAAUCACAAAUUUUACUACUGAUUUAAAAAAAUGCUAACAUAAGUUGAAAAAUAAACCAUUCAUGUGUAUGUGGAUUCAGAAUGUUUUUCUUCAAAUAUUGUAGGCCUAUCUGAGAUAAAUUUAUUUGCAUGGGGGAUGGGAGGUGGUCUGAUGCCUAUGUUUGAUAUAUAUUUUCUUCAUCAACUAGUUACAGUUCAUGUACAGUAGUUUAAGAUACUUUGAAUUAUCCAGGGAAUGUCUAGACCAGGUGCUAAAUAAGUCUAAAGAUACCAACUUAUUCCAAGAAUGUAGAAUGUUCAAACCUAUCAUGAUAUUUUCAGGGAAGAAGAACCACAAUAUGGCCAGGGAGCUGCUUGUCAGUCGACCAGUAACUCAACAUAUACAUGUACCACUGCGUCAAUGGAAGAAAAUGAACAAAAUGAAUUUCAAGAUGGCUUCACAGAAUAUGCACCUCCCACAACUUUGCCAGACAUAAAGCAGACUUGGACGAAUUGUCUAACAAAAGGCUUGAUAAGUCUGAGAGGUGAGAUGGAUUCAGAAUUUGCUUCAAAGAAGAAGACCCAUAAGGCACUAUGGAAAGAAAUAUCAGUUAAACUAAAGGAGAUCCACAACUUUACUGGUGAUUGGUUCCAGUGCCAAUCCAAAUUUAACAAGCUAACCGCAAAGUAUAAAGCUGUUGAAGAUGCCAACAGAAAAUCAGGUGAAAAGCGGAGGUCUAUGGAAUUCCAUUCUGAAAUGAUGGAAGUUAUGGGGGAUGACCCAAAAAUAACCCCUCUAAAGACAAUGUCUGUAGGUGUGGGAAAGGGUGUGAAUGUUGUUUGUGGUGAGAAAGAUGAUAAUGAGAAGGGGUGUGAGAUUGUCAAAGCAAGGGGUGAGAGAGAGAAGAAAGCGAGCAAGCGGAAGAGAAAAGAUGAGUUGUUUGAGUUGUUGACGGAGGUGAGGGAUGAUAGGAGAAGGCUUCAAGAGGAGCAGGUAAGAAUGAAUGAAAGAAAGCUUGAAAUAAUGGAGAGGUUGGUUUCUCUGUUUGAUAGAUAGAUAGAUGUUAUUUUGCAUUUCCUUAAGGUGGUAUGGGACAUUAGUCGAUAUCAAUGUGGAUUAAAGUACAUUAAAAUGCUUUCAACAGUUUAGAAUUUUUAAAUUUUACAAUAUUUUGCCAAAAAAUAUGUCUUGAUAAUUUUUGGAAAGGUAAAAGGUUUAAAGACCCCAGCUGGAUUGGAACUCAUGACUUACAGUUUUAAAGCAUAUCCUCUAACCAACUGCGUUACGCUUAAUGUUCUAUUGCGAGAAAGACACUGUUUAUAAAAUUACACUUGAUUUUAUUGUUUAUUUGGAUAAACAUUUCGUCACAGUAUGGUGUCCCAUACCACCUUAGCCUGAAUGUCUUAUUUUGAUAUUUCAAAAUUACAAGAUUAUUAUCAAGGUAUCAGUUUAUGUUCUUUAGUAAAUGAAAUAUGGAAAUCUUGUUAAUUAAUUUGUACUUG